GCCGCCUCUUAGAGACAGAACACGCGACCGAACUCCCGUGAAAACGCGCUCCGACACGCCAACUCUCCAAACUUUCCGCAAAGUUUCGCCGGCAUCGUAGAAUGUGAAAAUGUUGAUAUCAUUUGUACUGUGCACUUUUUUACUCGCCCAUUCUUGUGGACAUUUGUACAGCUUCGAGAAUAACAUAAGACAUGGUAGAUCACGGUUGUUGAGAGGUAGAAGACACGAUAUAGCCCUGUUUUUGAACACUGAAACUCCGAUGAAUUUCACCAUAGAGCCUCAGCAUGUUAGUAAAGUCGGGAAAAAAUCUGGAAAGAGGGUUACCGUGGGUUCCACCAUGGGGAACACAAGUUGGCAACACAUGGAUCGAAGCGUUUUGUACAGGGGCGAAAAAGCUUUGAACCAGAUAGACAACAACAACAACAACAAGAAAAAAGACAACGAACUUGAUGAAGAGGCUUUCAGCAGAUCUCCGUUCAUGGACGUUGAUGAAGAAACCGGUCUAACAUUAUCAACUGAAACCUCGACUCAGCCGAGAAGCGGCCAUGUGGAUAUAGUAACCCGAUUUCUUCGCAUAGUAGAAUCGCAACAUCUUCUAGGUGAAAACUGCACCGCUGGAACUGACCUCAACCUAGGAGAAGGAGUGGUGGAUAGAUACGCACAGGAACGUUUCCGGGUGGAAGCAGACGUUGCAGUCAAUCGAGCUAACAUGCUGACCAGACUUUGGAAAUACGCUGACCCUCAUGUGGUCAUGUCGGAAUACCUUUUGCACGCAUCAGUGUUUUCUAUGGUGGAAUUUGACAAUGACAUUUUCGCUGCCGGUAACUGCUAUGACCGUCAGCAGUACAAGGACUAUUGGUUGUUUUGCCCGUAUGCAUAUAGAUUACCUGAAGGCUCAAUCCUGGUAAAAGAUCUGGCUGUUGAAUAUAACUACCUGAGCAACACUUCCGAGUGGUUCUACAUAGCCAGAAAAAAUGCUGAGAAUGUCAUCAAGAACUUCAAUCAGUUCAGCAAAGGCUACAAUACGUAUACGUUCAAUGAGACGGUUCACUCAGAAAGGGUACCAGAUGAAAUUCUAUCGGUUCGAUACGAAGACGGUAAAUGGUCGAAGCCGUAUUACGACUGUGGAGGAGGAAAUAUAUGGAUGCUGACUUACACUGUACCGUUCUUUGGCUUCCUUAAUAACACAUACUUUUUCAAAGGCACUAGUGGGAUAGAUGUGGACUUACGCCGUGUUGACAUUGACCAAUGUCCUUUGCCAAAGGAUUCAACUCAGCUUAACAUUUUUGCAGCAUCUGACAAAUGUAAGAAGAGAACAACUGAGUGUGUACCGUUGUCUGGAUUGGGAUUUAGACGCGGUAGUUACAGAUGUGUAUGCAGACGUGGAUUUUAUUUUCCCGAGACAACGGCAGAGAGAAGGUAUUACAAUGGAACUGUUAUCGAAGAAGAGUAUGAAAAACUUAUGCUGGGCGAAAAUAACCAGUACGGGAAAGAGGGAAUAUUCGAAUGUCUGCCAUGUCCUGAAGGAUGCGAAUUCUGCGAGGACGAUCGUCCUUGCGUCGUAUCGCUCAACUGGGUCAUGAGGACGGUCAUCCUGGUCCUCUCUUGCGUUAUUAUUUGCUGUCUACCCAUAGUUGUCGUAUUCACGUGGAAAUACGGGAACGUUAAGGUUGUUCGUGCGGCCAGUCCUGUGUUGUUGCGUGUGAUUGCUUUAGGAGCAUUUUUUAUAUAUUGUACGACAAUAGUAAUGUAUCCUAGACCAAGUGUCUAUACUUGCACUGCUAGAGUUUGGCUGCGAGAAAUCGGUUUCUCCCUUACUUAUGGAGCGUUAAUGUUGAAGACUUGGAGGAUUUCAGUUAUAUUCAGGGUUCGCUCGGCCAAGGCGGUAAAAAUAACCGAUGUUAACUUGCUUAAACGUCUUGGUAUGAUUGUUGCCAUAUUUACGGUUUUCUUGGUGAUAAGAACGCUCGUGGCGCCCCCUGUGGUCAUUGUUGGCAGAACUGCCGAUGACCUGAAGGCCUAUUUGUGCAGGACCGACUGGUGGGAUCAUUCUUUCAGCACAUUGGAAGUGGUAUUUCUGGUUUGGGGCAUUAGAUUAUGCAUUGUAGUACGAAAAGCACCUUCUGAGUUCAACGAAAGCCGAUUUAUUUCCAUGGCGAUUUAUAAUGAAUUUUUGCUGUCGGUCUUUCUCAAUAUUUCAAUGCUCUUUUUGCAAAAACCUGCCAACCCAGAUCUUCUCUACAUUAUUUUCUUCUGCCACACUCAGUUGACCGUCACCCUUCUACUAUGCCUUAUAUUUGGCAGCAAGGCUUUCUUGGUGUUCAAAAACCACGACUCUAGCGAUGAGAGCUCCGGAAUGAUGUCCAAAACUCCAACAUCAAAGUUCAUCAAAGCUCGCUCCGGUAAUUCUCAAUAUACGAGCACCAACUCAUCCACUGGAGGUCUGGACUACUCCAAGUACACCGAGCAGGACGUGCAAGAGGAGUUUUUGCGUUUGUACACGCAAUUGGAGGUUCUCAAAGAGAAAAACAUGAGGACGGGGAACAGACACUUGGCCUCGAAAAUUACAGCAAUGCAGGAUGCCGCCAGGAGCCACGAUCAACCUCAGGAAAACAAGUUAAAGGUCGUUAACAACGCAUUGAAGACAGUUCCUGAGCUAACUGACACCGAUGUUAUCCUUGAGGAACCUCCGCAACCCAAGGUCAAACGUCAGAGCGUCUCUUUCGCUGCAGAACAAGUCAGCGAGCCGGGUAGCAGUAUUAACAAGGAAAAGGUUGUGGAAGAAAAUCCUAGUGGUAGCAAGGAGACCUUCAUAGAGUUGAAGAGUAAAGAGGAGAGUCCGGUGGCUGAUCGUAAUGGUAAAUAUUUAAAGUCUGGACAUGCUCGGACACAUGCUAUAGUCAUUAAUUUAGAUGAUAAGAGCAGGUUUACUGAGGAGGUUACUGUGUAAAGGUUCGUAAAACUGUACUUUUUGUAUUCCCUUGGUUCUUUCAACAUUAAACCAAUCCACAAACCAGAUUGGUUUACCAAUUACUAUCCCACAGGAACCGUUUUUUGGGCUAAACAGUAGUCUACGUCACUUUCCAGCCUAUAAACCAUCUCUAGCAAAGAUUCACAUACGUCUGAAAGAAGAGCAAAUAAACUUUUGGUAUAGUACAUUGUAAUUGUUCAUUUAUUGGGGAUUUAUCAAAGGGAAAAACAACUGUUGUUAAAAUGUCUGCAGCCAACCUGAUGUAGUACAAGGUUUAUAUUUAGGUUACGAGAGCCCAGUAACUAAGUAUGAACCUAUUUUUGAGGUUUUGAGGCUCAAUACUAUUAGAUUCGUUUGUUUCUAUUAAUUAAUAUCAAUAACUAGUGGUAAGUUAAUCUGUGAUAUUUUUGAAAAUUUAGAUAGAUCAGUUUAGUUAAUUAAUUAUUAUUAGGUUUAAAUUUUAUUCCGAAAUUACCUUCAAUGGUAAUUUUGC